AUGAGCGGUCAAGAAAGUAUAUCUAAUAAUAACUCUGACUCAUUCGUUAUGUCAUCCCCCAACUUGGGCUCUCAAGAAUCUUCCAUAUCACUAAGUGAUGUGAAGAAAAGCACUAAUAGUCGGAGUUCAUCAUCUUCAGGGUCAUUGAAAGGCCCCUUUCUCUCCAAACAAGUACAAGAGCUAUUAGAAGGAGCUAAUAAAUACGAUCCAAAAUGUGGCUUAUCCUUGCCUCGAGGAUUUUUGAGAGAUAGAAGCUCCAAAUCUAAAGACAAUGGAUUGGCUCCACUUGUUGAAAAGGUUAUACUUCCCACUCGUAAAAGAACUAGUAGUAGAAACACAACGAAGAAAUUAUCUACCACUAUAAAGAAUGAUGUAAAGAAACCAAGAACAACAAAGGGAAAAAGGAAAAAAAAUGGGCCCAGAACUCAGGAUAAACAUGCAUUAAUUCCAAAGCAAGAGGUAAAAUCUGCACUAAAAAGGAAGCACCGCAAUGAAUCCAACAAAAGCAAACAAAACAGAAAGAAGAAUACUCCGUCAACAUUUGUGGAUUGGAACGGUCCAUAUUUACAGUUGCAGUAUCCAUUAUUUGAUGUGGAGUAUUUACGAUCACACAAGAGGUAUUCUGAAACUCCCAUACCAUCCAUCAGUUUAAGGACAAAUUCUCCACAGCCAACAAGCUUACUUCCAGAAAAUGAGAUAUCUUCAACUACUACCGCCAAGUUGCAGAGUUUUUUAUUUCCAAACUAUAUGGAAGAGUACAAAAUUGACUUUAAAAGAACGGCUGCUAUUUAUAAUCCAAUGAGUGAAAUUGGUAAGUUAAUUGAAUAUAGUUGUCUGAUCUUCUUACCCUCACCAUAUGCUGAACAAAUGAAAAAAACAGUACUGCCAAACCUAAACACAUCGUUCGACAAUUCUGAUACGGAGGGUUUUGUGCAUGCAGUAAAUUCAUACAAUAAAAUGAUUCGCCAGAUACCUAGGUCAAGGAUAAUAGACCAUUUAGCGACACUCAAUAAAAUUCCACGUUCAUUUAUCCAUGAUUUUUUGCACGUUGUGUAUACCAGAAGUAUCCACCCACAGGCAAAUAAAUUAAAACAUUACAAAGCAUUUAGUAAUUAUGUUUAUGGAGAACUUCUACCCAACUUCUUAUCUGACGUAUACCAGCAAUGUAGAUUGAAAAAGGGUGAUAUUUUCAUGGAUCUUGGUUCAGGAGUAGGGAAUUGCGUGGUACAAGCAGCGCUGGAGUACGGAUGCGAUUUAAGUUUUGGAUGUGAAAUCAUGGAGGAUGCUAGUGAUUUAACUAUACUUCAAUACCAGGAACUAAUGAAGCGAUGUAACUUAUUUGGGAUGCAUUUAAACAACGUAGAGUUUUCAUUGAAGGAAAGUUUCGUGGGUAAUAAACGCGUUAUUGAACUAAUUCCUCAGUGCGAUGUUAUCCUCGUAAAUAAUUUCUUAUUUGAUGAAGAAUUAAAUAAAGAAGUCGAGAAGAUACUUCAAACGGCAAAAGUCGGAUGUAAGAUCAUUAGUCUGAAAAACUUAAGGAGCCUUGCUUACCAGAUAGAUUUCUACAAUGUUGAGAACAUUUUCAAUCGGCUGAAAGUGCAACGGUUUGAUCUUAAAGAGGAUAGUGUUUCAUGGACACAUAGUGGAGGAGAGUAUUACAUAUCCACGGUGAUGGAGGAUGUCGAUGAAAGUUUAUUUAGCCCCACUGCAAGAGGUAGGAGAAACAGAGGAACACCGGUGAAGUAUAGUAGGUGA